AUGGAGACCGUGGUGGCCGUGCCAUUACCUCCGCCGACCCAAGCGGAGUUGGACGAGCUACGGAUGCAGAGCGUGGAGCGCGCUGCUGCGACAUCGAGUCAUUUUAACCAGAUGACUUACGAUGAGCUGGCGCAGUUCCAUGCGCAGCGAAGUGCCAUGGCGCAACAUCUGGAAGAAGAAAGGCCGCUGGACAUGGCAGCGGCGAUGGAAAAGAAUCGACAGGAACAAGAAGAGUCACGAGCGGCUCUUUCGCGACAGCAAGAGGAGUUGGUGCGCCAGCUAGAAGAGAUGAAGCGACCGAUGGCUGAGCAAAGCAGACUCUCUGAAGCGCACCACGAUAUGCUCCGACAAGCAUCGGAUGCGAUGCUUCAGCAACACUACAAGGUAGAAGAGCUGAAUCAAAAAGUUCGCCGCGACAGCGAAUCAUGGGGUUUAUUUGCCGAAGAGACGAGUCAGCGUUCGGCUUUUACGACUGGACGAGCCGCCGAAGCGCCUCGGCUGGAGAACCUGAUGGGCGUGCAGCAAGUGCCGUACAAGGGAAGCACGAAGCGUGAGCGCCGCGAGUUCAUGGACGAGUACCUCGCGUACUCGCGACGCGUGGAACGUGCAUCGAUUGUGCCGCGUGUCUGCGCACAUGAUUGUGGGAAGUCGUUCGACGACAUCACGGAGAACGACUGGCGUGACUAUAUCCUGUCUGCACGAGCGGUACAGGAAUUGGACCUCGACGCCGCGACGAAGACCAUGGCGUCGUUGAAUAUGGACACGAAGAUUCGCGACGCCGAGUCGCGGGUGGGAAGACUGCUGGCUGACUUCUACGAGAAGUUGGAGCAACUAGACGUUCCUCACCUGCCGGAGCAAGAGCCGAAGCAGUCGGUGAAGAUUUUGACAGCGGCGAUCCAACCGCAUCAAUUGAAGUCGACUGUCGAAAGACAGUUGGCUCGCGAAACGAACAAGGCGUACAAGUUGGACGUGCAUUCCGCCAAGAUGUUUGGCGAAAAGGCUCGGCGAUUCGUGCCGACGAAGAAGCGUGACCGCGAUGCAUCUGUGAAAACGCAGUCGACGACCGCGGCAGCGUCGUCUAGAGGAAACGGCUGCCUGAAGUGUGGCAGCGACGAACACCGGGUAUUCAAAUGCCCCAAGGUGCAACCAGGUGAAGCGCAGCUUCUGUUGGACCAGCGCUUCAAGGAACCUCACGGGGCGUCGUCCGCAGCAUCGGAGAAGAGGGACGACGCCAAAUGCAAGAUUAAUGGCACUGCCGUGGACCCCCAGGACGCGUUGGUUAUUGACUGUCCACGCACGGUUGCGUGUGAUGUCAAUGGCGUGACGGCGUUGGCGCUCUUGGACAGCGGCGCUGAUCAAUCGCUUACAGUGGACCGCGAAGUCAAGCUGCGGUUGACGUUCGAUACGACCGAAGGAACGUUGGUGUUAUCGAACCUGAAGUGCUGGCUGGCCGCGAUGCCACUGAAAGACGGCCUGGGCGGCGUUAUCGUCAGUCGCGACGUGAUGGCGCGACUGGGAUACUGCCCUCAAUUGUUGUCGGCGCAAACGCGGCAGUGCGCAGAGUGUGUGGUUGAGACGAUGAACAAGCCUACAUCGUCUCCCGAAGAAGUCUCGCUCUACCCUGAAGAAGAGCGAGCGUGGUGCGGUGACGACUUUGUGACACAGCUGCCAAUGCUGUUCGUGCGCUACGAAGACGUGUUUCGACUUACCCUUGGCGCGGAACCUGUGCGCGGGGCUGUGUUAUCGUACCCCCACUCAAAAUGGUGCUCGGCACCUUUGAUCGUCAAGAAACCCGAUGCGAACGACUUUCGCGUGACCGUGGACGUCCGUCCGAUCAACGCCCAGACGGAGCGCAUCCUGUGGCCGAUGCCAAUGUUGGAGGUGAUCUUGGAUCACCUAGCCGGCGCAGAAGUGUUCUUUACCCUUGACUUCUUCAAGGGUUACUGGCAGUUUGCGCUGGACAAGACGUCGCAAGAAAUGUUCUUGUUCCUCACGGAUACGGGCGAUUACACGCCGACGCGAGUGCUGAUGGGCGGAACCGACAGCGUGGCGUACUGCCAAUCGUCGGUUCAAGAAAUGUUCGCGAGCGAGUUGUACAACUCGCUCUUGGUGUGGCUGGUCGAUUUGCUUGGAUACGAGAAGUCCAAGCAAGAUUUGCUGGUGGCGCUCGAACGUGUGCUGGUGAUUUGCCAGGAGCGCGGCCUCAAGCGGCGGGCGCUUGAACGCGCCAGAAGGUUUGGAUUAGUGCAAGGAAGCGCUCAGCCGACUCGCUGGUGCGGACGAAUCGUGUCGUCCGCGGGCGUCAAGCAUGAUCCCGAACGCAUCAAGGCGUUGAAAGAGCUGAAGAUGCCGAAGGUCGCCAAGGUCCUCCUCGCUGAGGUGGGAUGGAACGCUGACCACGCAGCGUGUUUGGAUCAGUGCAAGGAAGCGCUCAACCGGGUGGUGACCCUAGCUCACCCGAAGCAAGAUCGGCUGAUUUGUGUGUCUCCCGACGCCAGCGAUUUGCAUUGGGGUGGCGUCGUGAUUCAAAUCCCACGCGCCGCGAACUGGACAGUCAAGACCACGAGCCGCUGA